CCUCCCUCCGCGCACUACGCCUGCUACGACCGGCCAUCGUCCUCAUGCCGUCGACACCUGCCUCCGCCGGCCAGCAACGUCACGCCGUCAUCACGUUCGUCAUCGGAGAAAAUGGAUCCGGCUGAAAUCCUCGCCGCCGUGCAAGAGUUAGAGGAGGAGGGUGAUUAUGAUGGCGAUGAUUACGGCGAGGACAACAAAACCUCGUCACUGAAUAUGGAUGAUCCUGCUGAGGAGAACUACAUGAGUUUGGAUGAAUCUCAUAGUGGCAAUAUGGACGAGGACAUGGACUUUGUGAGGAAUAUUGUGGACGAUGAAAGUGACAAAUCGCGCAUUGAUGCAUCUCAUGAUGACAGCUCCAGCAAAGGAGAUGUAGAUGGUACAAGCGGGAAGGAUGAGCAUGUUGGUGAUGAUCUGUUUAAUUUUGACAUCGGAUUUGAUGAAUAUCAGCAAGAAUCGUUGGACAUGCAUUGGAAGGUCAUGAGGAAGACGUUCAAGUCACUAGGAGAGGCUUACAAUUUCUAUAACCAGUAUGCUUACGAGCGUGGUUUCAGCGUAAGAAAGGACUCAUUAAAAUAUUCGAAAGGUCCUGAGGGAACUAAGCGCUUGAGAAAGUAUCUGUGUGCGAGAGCUGGGAAACGAUAGGCAAAACUUUGUACAAUGGAAGGCAGGACCCGCAGGC